AUGCCAACUGACUUGUCUUUUAUUUCUUUACUCACAGAUUGCAACAAAAGAUGGUGCACUUUGGAAAGUGGCUUUCUGAGCUACUAUGAAAAUGAUAAAACUACCACUCCUAGUGGUAUGAUUGACAUCAAUGAAGUAAUCUGUCUUGUAGUACACAAGUCAGACUUCUUUUUAAACAGAGGGGACAUCUUUACCUUUGAAAUCUACUUAAUUUCAGAACGUGUUUUUCUAUUUGGAGUUGAAACUGCAUAUUCACAAAGAAAAUGGACUUGGGCAAUAGCUAAGCAUUUUGUUCCCCCUGUGGCUGAAUGCUUAUUAGAGAGAGACUGUGACCUGAUUGGCCAGCUGUACUACAAAGAUUGCCAUAACCUGGAUCAAUGGAGAAAAGGCUGGUUUGCUAUAGAGAAGUCAAGCCUUUAUUUUUGUCUUGAAAUGGAGAAUGCUGAAGAAGAUUCCAUCUAUCUAAGGAGGUUGCAAGAGCUAACAAUUAGUAGUAUGAUGCAAAAUGGAGAGAAAAUAGAUGUCCUGCUGCUUGUUGAAAAAGGAAGAACACUAUACAUCCAUGGCCAUACGAAGCUGGAUUUCAUGGUCUGGUAUACUGCAAUUGAAAAAGCAGCAGGUACAGAUGGUAAUGCAUUACAAGAUCAGCAGCUCAGCAAAAAUGAUGUUCCUAUUGUAGUGAACAGCUGUAUAGCAUUUGUUACACAGUAUGGUUUAGGUAGCAAGCAGAUCUACCUUAAGAAUGGUGAUUCUUCCAAUGUGGCUGAACUGCUGGAAAGCUUCAGAAAAGAUGCAAGGAGUGUUAAACUAAGAGCAGGAAAACAUCAGCUUGAAGAUGUGACAGAUGUGUUGAAAAGUUUUCUUUCUCAAAUAGAUGAUGCACUUCUCACUAAAGAACUUUAUCCAUUCUGGAUAUCUGCGUUAGAUACACAGAAUGAAAAGGAACGUGUGAGGAAGUAUGGAGCUUUUAUUCGGACGCUUCCACCAGUCAAUAGGGCAACUUUGGCUGCUUUAAUUGAACAUCUUUACAGGGUGCAGAAGUGUUCUGAAAUCAAUCAUAUGAACCCUCACAACCUAGCCAUGGUGUUUUCUUCAUGCUUAUUUCAAACUAAAGGCCAAACUAGUGAAGAAGUCAAUGUAAUUGAAGAUCUAAUUAAAAAUUAUGUGCAACUUUUUGAUAUAAAUGAAGACCAGGUCAAACAAAUGGACAUAGAGAACAGCUUUAUUACCAGAUGGAAAGACACUCAGGUAAGUGAUAGUGGAGAGAUUUUAUUAGAUAGGGAGAAAAAAGUACAAAGGAAACUAAAAAGACUGUUGGUGGAUUGA